AUGAGGCCAAAUCACCUUGUUCCCGAAAGCAAGUACCUUCUUCCCGAAUACAAGUACCUUCUUAAUGAAAUGGACGUACGAUGCUUGCACGACUCUUCGUUGAACGUUACGGAGCAUACAGUGGAAGAUGAAUUAAGAAAAAUGGCUUCGAUAUACUAUUGUGGGAAACUGUUGACUUGCUUCCUAAUACCCAAUUUGUCUGAAGCCCGCGAAAUGGCUAAACAGCACGGGUGGACGAAAAUUAUCGAUGACUUUACCUUUUUUAGAUGCAUGCUAGAUCUAUAUCUAGCUGACGUUCAACGCAAGUGUGUUGCCAAAAUAGCGUCAAACGCUUGGUUGAAAGCUUGUGAUUCCACUCGAAAAAGUUUCAAUAUUUCAUACUAG